CGAAUGUAAGGGGGAUCCAUCUGAAAUUCAUAUUACUCUAUAGCUUAUCCAUUUUUUUUUCUUUGAAUCGUUAGCUAUCCACGACUCGAAUUAGAUUGCACCUUUUUAAUUUGAAUUGGUAGGAUGAACGUUAGUAUGAUAAACAGAUUAUUACAUUGUACUAUUUACUUUAGCAUGUCAUUUUACAUUAGUGUUUGCUAACGUUUGUGGUCAUGUGCAGGCCGAUGUCCUUUCAGACAAAGACGCUCCUGCUGUGGAAACCAAUCCUCAUGUACAAGACAGUGCCGAUGCCCGUUCAGACACAGACGAUCCUGCUAUGGAGACCAAUCUUCAUCUACAAGACAGUGUCGAUGUCCUUCUGGACACAAACGCUCCGGCUGUGGAGACCAAUCCUCAUCUACAAGACAGUGAAAAUCUCCCAAGAUCAAAAGAACCUACUGUAGUUGGUGAUAGUCGAGACCCACUCGUGGCUGAAAACGAUCCCAUAUCGAAGGACAGUGGAGACACUAGUCUUGCAUUUCCCCAGCCAACAUUCUCCCUUGGCCUGACGCAGGAAGAUCCUCAACUAUCCAAAACAAGCGCCCCUGACAGCGAGGACUAUGGUGAUGAACAUAUGACAGUCGAUCCACCACCAACUUCCAAUGAGAACGAUGCUCCAGCGCCGCUUUACAGGAAAAGCAAGCGUCCACGAGUUGUUCCUAGGUCACUAGUUGGUGAUUACCAGUGUGAUAAACGUAUACUGGUGCGUGCGUGGGAGGCGCAUGUGAAUGCCACUAGAAGGGUCCCCAACGUUGACUACGCUGUGAAAUUCGCUGAACUUUCAUCGAAGCUGGAGUCCCCAUUGUAAGCACAUUCUACUAGAUAUGCUAAUGAAAAUAUUAUACUACAUCCGUUAUUUUAGCAUGCUAAAACUAUUUCUUAUAAUGUAUGUGCCUUUUACCGCAGCACAAUAAAACUUGAUGGCUUAUCUCUCACUAGUAAAGAGCUCUCUGCAAUUGUUGACAGGUCUACGCACUUACCACCAAAGGUAAUGUUUUAAUUUUAGAUAUAUAUUAAUUUUCAAUCUGGGUGAGGGCUCAACUGAUGUUGUCAAUGUUGUAGGCUCU